CUAUGAUAUUGGCUGUCGCCCCGUAUAAUUUCCGUGUCCCCCACGCGCGUAUGAACACCGCGGAUAGCAUCCACGAAUCGUCGUCAUCGUAAACCCCAAUGGCACGAACCUGCUCACUACAAUCCGGGAAUCAAUGGAUAUUAUUCAUGCGGUUAUCUAUCUCGCAAUAACUUACAAGGGUUCCCCAUAUUUUAUUCCUUGGCCUAACAUCAUGAGAUCCAAGGCUAAAGUACCGGAAUGCCAAUUUCUCCAGCGCCUGGGAUUGGUCAAUUCGGAUAGCGAUCUACCGAGAAUCAUUAAUAUAAAUGCGAGAUCCGUCCCAUGUGUACAGCGUAUGAAAUCGAAGACCGGGUUUGCGGUACUCUAUUUAUUUUCUGUUCGGGAUCGUCGCAACCAUGUUCGUACGCCGAGUGCUUCACCUUGCCAUCUCGAUUGGCGUCUGCCUUAACCUGUCUCUAGCUAGCCCUGUCGACCUUAACGAGCUGGGUCUUAAAGUUGAACGCCGUGCAGAUACAGGGCUGGUUGGUUAUCUCGGAGCAAUAUUUCUUGGGGCAGAUCCUUACGUGUAUUUCUACCUAAGUAACGGCAAUGACCCGCUUUCCUUCAAGGCGAUGAAUGGGGGGCAACCCAUACUACGCCCAACGAAGGGCACUGGUGGUGUGAGAGAUCCCUAUCUCGUGCAAGGUGGCGGUGCUGAGGCCGGUAAAAAAUGGUACAUUGUUGGCACCGAUCUCGAUAUCGGCAAGACAACCUGGGACGCAUCCCAGCGGACAGGUUCUAGGGGUAUAUUAGUUUGGGAUAGUGCCGAUCUUAUUAACUACAGCGGCGAGCGCCUCGUCGUUGUGGAAGACGAGACUGCUGGCAUGGUUUGGGCGCCCGAAGCGAUUUGGGACGCGUCGAAGAACCAAUACCUGGUUCAUUGGGCUUCGAAAUUUUAUUCUUCAUCUGAUGCUAAGCAUACCGGUUCGGCGUCGAAUAUUCAGAUUAGGUACGCCUACACAAGCGACUUUAAGACGUUUAGUACACCGCAGACAUAUAUCAACUACUCACCUACGAACAUUAUCGACCUCGAUAUCCUCCCGCUUGACACCGAGGGUAAGAGCUACCUGCGAUUCAUGAAAGACGAGACGGCCAAGACGGUAUUCGUCGAGUAUUCAACUACCGGGCUUUUCGGGACUUGGACCCGCGCCGGGGGAAAUACGGGUAUCAUCACAUCCGGCGUCGAAGGCCCUGCGGCAUACCGCGAUAACGGGGACGAUUCCAAGAUCCACGUACUCCUGGACUUCUACGGUGGCGACGGAUACAGGCCGUACGAGAGCGUAGACCCAGAUGGAAAUAAAUGGACAGCGAGUGGUCGAUCAGCGUUUCCAACUAAUCUGCGGCACGGAAGUAUUCUACCCAUCAACCAGACGUUAUACGAUGCCGUAAAUAAGAAAUGGGCUUCCUGAUACCUUUGAGCUGGGUCGAAGCGGAUAUUAAUGUUUCUGCCUACCUACCAACAAACCUAGGCAGGUAAUUACCAAGUACAAGGGAGAUAAAGGUUGAUAAAAAAGAAUCUAAUAAAUUAUACCGCCGUAAAUGAUGGGAAUUCCUUCACUUCGCAUUGAUAGCGUCCACGAUGUCUCGUUACCCUUAUCAUAGUUAGGGUAUUAGGGGUUUCUCGAUUUGUUUG